UAGCAGAAAUACAUGACUAAGACCCUAAAGACAGGAAAUAAAAUGAGGAUGGAUAUCUAGUGUACUUUCUGGAAUCCCAAAUUACAGGCCAACCAGUCCAGACGCCGAUUGGAUAAAGUGAGUAAACCUGCACUUGAUUGGACGUCCUUGUGAGUAACAUUCAAGCCUAUUGGCCUACGGAUGUGCACCCAAUGAAUCCAGCCCGUAUCGACGCUUUGCCUGCUUUUCUUCAGUACAACACUAUCUUUGGCAUAAAUUACAUGCGUGUAAGCAUACACUACAUUCGUGAAAAAAUGGCAGCAGACGAAUAGAGAAAAGUGGAUCUUCAGUCGAAAAAGGACGGCACUUGAUCAAACUACCCAGACUGAAAAGGCAUUCUGGAUCAUCAUACUGCAACGUGAUUGUCUUCAAAGUGUCACCAUUGGUCAUCAGUCGCCAUGGGAAAAACACAGCUAAAAGAUCAGAAAGAUGCCAAAAAAGAGAAGCCAGGAAGAACAGUUUCACCAACAGGUACAACCCCAGGUGCAACAACAAAAGAUGCUUUCAAUUGGGAAGACUAUUUGAAAGAAACAUCAUCUGUACCAGCUCCACCAAAUUGUUUUCGUCAGGCUAGAAUUCCACCCUCCAAUGACUUCAAAGUGGGAAUGAAGCUUGAAGCACAUGACCCACGCAAUUCCACCUCAGUUUGCAUAGCGACGGUGAUGGGUUUGACUGGGGUUCGUCUGCGUCUUCGCCUGGAUGGUAGUGACAACAGUAACGACUUCUGGAGACUGGUAGACUCAUCUGAUAUUCAGCCUAUUGGCACAUGUGAGAAAAAUGGAGACAUGCUGCAGCCACCUCUAGGAUUUCGGAUGAAUGCAUCUUCAUGGCCUAUGUUUCUUCUAAGAACACUAAAUGGCGCAGAGAUGGCACCAGCAACAGCCUUCAAAAAGGAGCCUCCAAGGCCCUCCCAGAACAGCUUUAAGCCAGGCAUGAAGCUGGAAGCUGUGGACAAGAAGAACCCAUACCUCAUCUGCCCUGCCACUAUUGGAGAAGUGAAAGGCGAUGAGGUCUUCAUCAUGUUCGAUGGGUGGAGGGGUGCGUUUGAUUACUGGUGCAAGUACGACUCCAGAGAUAUCUUCCCUGUAGGCUGGUGUUCCCUCACUAAGCAUAGCCUCCAGCCACCAGGCAACAGUGUUACGCUGCCAAAAAACCUACAGAUCCUCCCAGUGUCGCCCUCCAAGCCCAGCAGGCGCUCCAUGCAGUCCCCCUACCGGUUUCCCAACCCUCUGCCCCCUCUGCCUGUCAGGAAGGGUGUAAGAGGUCGUCGGCCCAAGAGCGAGACCCUUGCUUUGCUUAAAGCUGUAGCAGAGGCAGCGGCUCAAAAUGGAUCAGUACCUGAAAGAACCCUGCUCGUACCCCGACCCCACAAAAAAAGAGGCCCUAAACCGGGAAGCAAGAGAAAGUCCAAGCUUCUUCAGAGCCCAGCACACCUGCCCAGCAUCCAGGUUCCACAGGAAAGUCCUCCCAGCCUCAACUCUGUGGUGUCAACAGUGUGUGUGUAUGUGAACAAGCAUGGAAACUGUGGCCCUCACCUAGACAGGAAGCAGAUGCAGCAUCUGCCAGACCACUUUGGCCCAGGUCCAGUGAAUGCUGUGCUCCAGCAGGUAGUCCAGUCUUGUAUAGACUGUGCAUACCAGCCUAAAGUCCUGUUCAGUGCUCUGCAGACUCAUUCAGGAGGAGGAGAGGUUGUCCGAGUGAGAACAGACGGUGGAGUCUGUGUGGUCAAACUACCUUCAGCAUCCAGUGCUUCCUUUGUACUGCGCUUCUUGGAAACUAUGUGUCAUCACCUGCAAUGUGACAACCUGUUCAGCAGCCAACCCUUCAGCCACUACACUGCUUAUGACAGGACCAAAUCAGUAAAGGAAGAGGCGUUGGAUGCGCCAUCUCUGGUACGGGGCAGCAAACGGAGUCUCUCUGGAGUUGCUCCUCCGUAUGCAGCCCCUCUGUCUCCUAAACACUUACGCACUGAAGCUCACCCUUCAGAAGAGACCCUGCCCCAUGAGGACAACAGCCUACUAAAGGAGCAGCGCUACAUGGACUCAGCUUCUAACUCCAUGACACCUCGACCUCAAACAGUGCGGAGCUCCUCAGAGUACCACUCACAGGCCAGCAGCCACUACCAUCCAGGCAACAGCACACCUAUGCGCCGCCUCUCUUCUGCAGAGCUCAGCUCCACACAGCCUCUCCGACGAGUUGAAGCAGCCAGCUCUACCACAGGACCUGAAGCUUUAGCAUCUGAUAGGGAAAGUCUGCAGCUGCCCAGUAAAAACCCCUGCUCUUGGUCCAUAGAAGAGGUGAUGCAGUUUGUGAGGGAUGCUGACCCUACAGCUCUAGCGCCACACGCUGAACUAUUUAGAAAACAUGAAAUCGAUGGAAAAGCCCUGAUGUUGCUUCGAAGUGACAUGAUCAUGAAGUACAUGGGUCUAAAGCUGGGGCCUGCACUCAAGUUAUGCCACCACAUAGAGAGGCUCAAACAAGGCAAACUGUAACAGGAGCCGGGGCGGCGCUGUCUCUGGUAGACCGUGGAGCAAUAAGCCCUCAGGAGGCAGCAUCAGGACACUGGGCUAUUCACGUCGAGGGACUGAAUAGAUGCUACGACUUCAUCCUGACUUCCAGAGUGGAGAAAGUGUGCCGUGCAGUGCUGACACAUUACCUCAUGCCCUCAUCAGUAAACAACAAACUGUUCAAGUCUAACAGACAUAAUUGACUUCAUGAAAUCCCAAAGGAGAAGAAUCCUUGUAGUGUUUAUAUUGAAUAGCACAUGUGCUCUCAUGGACAUGUUUUCUACAGAGUUGAUACCUUUUGAUCCUGGUUUUGGAUCCCCAAAGAUGGAGAAUGUUUCUUCUUAUAUAUUAUUACUGUUGAACUUCCAGUUGGUAAGAGAGAGUUGGUGUACUGGAAAAAUAACAUCUGAUGUUCUUCCCUAUGCUCUUUGGAUGCUCUCAUGUCUCUGCUGUGUAUAGCUGUUUUCGCUCUUCACGUGUUUGCCUAAACGAUGGGUAGAAUGGCCUGCUCAAAGAAUGCUAACGUCAUUGCAUUUCACAUCAUCUACACAAUGCUAGACCACGUUUUUCUUUGCCUAAAAAUUGUCAGCAUCAUACUAGGAGUCAUGUUGUAUUUUGACCUCGCCGUGUCCUGUGUCAGUGGGACGCACAGUACGCUGCCCCUCUGGUCCCCAAACUAUGUGUACUCUAAGCUCUACUCUACGUUACUGUAUAGAUGUAUAAUUUUCAUAGGCAGAUUGUUAAGAAAGUGCAAAUACAACAUUUCUAAGGGCUUCAUGUGUUAUAGUUUAGAAGUAGUUUGAGUCAUAGUCACCUAAGCUCAUUGGUCUGCCUGCAGCAGCAGUGUCGACACAUUUGACCGUUACAAUCACUGUUAGCAACGAAAACAGAUGUGUACAGUUUUAUGGGUUUAACCAUGAAUAUCAGCGACAGAAUGUACAUUUUGUAGAAAUUUUUAAUAUUUUAAGGAAAUCAUAUACCUAAGUUAGAAAUGUGAAGGAAGGUAAGGGGUGAAUAUUUCACAGUGGAUUCCAUCUAUUGUUCUUUUAACACGUAAUGCAGCGCUCUUAGUUCUGAGACUCCCAGUAUUAGACUCUGCCUUGCUUUUUCUUGACAUUUCUCAGGUUUAUGUGGUCUUUGUUAGUACAAGUUUUGUAGCAAACCAUUUAUAAUAUUCUUAACUGAAUUUCCCCCAUUAUUCCCCUCCUCGAUCUUAAGGUCUGUGCCAUACAAUAUUCAACACAGGAUCAAAGUGCUGUUGAUUUCCCUCUUUUGCAUCUUCUACUUGAAACAUAUGUGUUGCAAAAAGUCACUUGUCCCUUAUGUCACAUCAGAUAAACAAUAUGUGUUUAUGAUGUUAUGCAUUUUCUUUUUUAUAAAUGUACAAAAACAAA